AUGCCGAAAGCGUCACUGUCAAGUCUGCCGGAUGACUUGUUGCUCGACAUUGUCGAGCGCCUAGAUACCGCCCGCGAUGUUUCCCAUCUCGGCCGCCUCGCCAGACGCUCCCACAGGCUUGUCGAAACUGCAGGCUGGCGCACCUUUGUCAAGACUCGGUUCCCCUCUCUCCAUGUCCCCACGGCGACGGCAACGGCGGCGGCUGGUGGUGGUGUUCAACCUGGUGCGGAUGAGCCGCCCUGGGGUCUCUUGGCCAACCGCUUCACAUAUCUUGACCGAUGCUGGGACAAGCGCGCCAUCCGGUUCCACGUGUUCAGGACGCAGCCGCCUCCUCCUCCUCCUCCUUACCCGCCCGUUCGACGACACAGGGAACCUAGACCCGCCAAACAGGCUGUGGAUUUCCAUGGCAUCGUUGACGCCCAUCACGUGUCGUGCCUGGACCAGGAGGUGGUCGCCUGGGGAGCAGGGGAAGACGUCCACGUCAGAUGGUGCACGGGAGAAGGAACCAAGAGCAAGCCGAGUUGGGGCAGUGCUCUGGGCCGCCACACCAACUACGCCGCGGGCACCGGAGACGUAACCGCCCUCAAGAUUAUCGAAAGAGCUCCCGGAACGCCAGACAUCGUGGUGGGCCGAGCCAACGGGCAUGUUCAGAUACUGUCCGCCGCCGACGACAGCUCCUUCGGCACGUCGUUGACCGAGCCGCUAACGCUGGACACGCGCGGGGACCAGCAUCGAAUGUCUGCGUUGACAAUUUCUCCCGGACGCCUGGCUGUCAGCUGCGCGGAAUGGCGGCCAGACACGGGCAUUCUGGCUACCUGUCGGAGCUCGCACCUCCAUCUGUGCAACGUGCCCCCGGAACGCGACGCAAGCCUGGGGGCGUUGGCCUUUCACGACAUGUCGCCAGACCGGCCACCGCACCAGGAAUCCAUGAUUCGGGACAUCAAGUUCCUGGACAAUGACCAUCUUGCCGUGGCUCUCGGAAGCAGCUCUCAACCGAUCCAGUAUGGCACCAUCCGCCCCAGUGGCGUCGUCUUUGAACCAACCCCUGGUAGGCACAGUGUUGGCGCAAGCGACGAGGGCGACCUGCCCACGUCGCUUGCAGACGCCGGCACCAGCACCACUGUUUGGGCCAUAGAACCCGUCGGACACAGGAACAGCAGGAACCUGCUCCUCAGCUCCUGGCAGGACGGGACGUUCAGGCUGAUGGACGCCCGGACACCGUCACCGUACGACGCCGUAUACCGAGACAGCUUUCAGCCAUAUCACGCCGGAGGGCCCCUGUUGGUCUACGGCACGGAGCGGUUCGUCGCCGGGGACACGUCGGCGCCCACGGUGAAAUUGUUCGAUUUCCGACUCGGCAAGCCCUACUUUCACUCUACGGCACUGCCAUGUUCCCCCUCGCGGCCGCAGCCGCAGCCGCGCGCGUCUUGUCCGCCAGGCAUGACGACGGGCAUGACGACGGGCGAGCCGGAGGACGUCGUCUCCGCAUGCCGGCCGGACGCUGCCAGAAGCUGCCGCUGGCACGCCUUGAGCAAGUCGGACUGGUACAGACAGGAUGCCACGCUCUGGCUGGCAUGCCGCGGGAUGGAACGCGUCUUCUCGCUCGCCAAGUCGUCGGAUUUCUCCGGCAAGUUCUACCUGGGGCUGCGGGGCGCCAUUGCCGAGGCGGAGCUGGUGCUGAGAGAGGACAUCCCGAAGCGUCGGGGAGAGCCGCGGCCCUGUCCGGACGGCUGGCGUGUUUCCCCAGUGCCCGGCGCGACGGUGGCGGAGACCAGCGUCAGUCUGUGCUACAGGGGUCGCUGCCGCGACGAUGGCUGGCACGGCGAGCAGCUGCGCAGCGGCAUGCCCGAGGUGUUUUACAGAAUAGAUGCCCCGGGGAGGGGGGAGAGGCACGGCGGGUUCUUGGAUGCACCAGAGCGAAGCCGGCUCGAUACGGCAUGGAGGCAGCAGGUGCCAAUGAGGAACCAGAGAGCAUAG